UGAACUCGCGUAUGUGAGUCUGCUGCAGGAAAGAUUGUUUUUUGUUUCUCGGUUAUUUGUGAGCUUCGAUCCGACCAGCGGUGACCAAGAAUCUUUGGGGUGUUGACGGAUCAACACCACCUCCGAAGACAGGGUCCAGAGCGUCAGGAAAAAGCAAGAGCACAUUUUAAUGAUGGUGCAAGUACAGGAGGUGUUGCCUGUUUUGCGCAAGGGAUUCUGCUGGAACCUGUGUUCCGGCUGUGUGUAGUGAAGUGAGUGAAUGCGCGCUGCGCGGUGAAAAAUAAUGAUAAUUUUUGUACAACUCACUGUUGGAAUGUGAGCAGUUUUUGUGUGUCCUUUUUAUUUUUUUAAUGAAUAAUUUUGUUUUGGCCCGGUAAUGAUGUUUUUUAUGUGGUACCGAGGACCGAGUCGUUCGAGUGAGGAGUUUUUGAAUGGUGAAAAAUGAGUUCAUGAAAAAGUGCGCUGACGAAAAGGUUACAGGAAGAGCAAGCAUCACAAGCCCAUUUUUUGUGCCAAAUAAAUUCUUCAGUGAUGCUUGAUGAUGAUAACGAUAAUGGUGACAAAAGGGAAUAACAAUAAAAUUUAUUUUCCAAGAGAUAAAGUCAAGAAGAAAUACCAGGCAUACAAUGUGGAAAGAGUUCGUUAUUGGCAGUGAAAACAUUUUUUGACCCGCAAAAGUUGGAACGAAGAAGGAAUGUUCAAUGUACUUGGAUGUACUUAGCGCGAAAAAGAUAAGACGAGCAAGAAACGAGUGUAAUACAUGGCAGCGAUGUAAUAAUGAAUGCAUACAAUCGGCUGAGAAGCAAAACGAAAACUGAAGAGAGUGGGUACUGAGGAAACGAGUUUAACAAGUGAUAAAUGUACUAAUUGUUUGAAUUAAUCUUCAAUUAAGCAUCGCAUAUGGGGCACUUAAUAUCACUGAUGUAGCCUAUUUUCAUUUUAUGCUUGAAUCGGGUCAACGCUUACCGGUGGAAACUCAUUAACUGCAAUCUAGCUGACAUUUAGUACCGAGUACGGUUACAUUAGUGCAUGCAUAGACUCACAGGGUGGGAACCGGGAAUCCAAUACAUAAUUGACGACAAUAGGUAACAAUAGAAACUCGACCCAGAAGGGAAGGCAGUGCGAAGUGAUUUCUACGACCGAGGGAAAAAACAACGAACUCAGCGGGAAUUCUUGGCGGAGAUUCAUUAUAACCAAACACUAUAUCGCGGGGAACCAAUAUCCAAUCUGCACCGAGACCAAACCAAGCAGCAGUGCUUUUUUGUCCAACUUCGAAUCUACCUAGCCCGGGGACCGAGAGGAGUGAUCGUGUGCCAAUUGUGUGCUUUCAUUCAGUGGAACGGUAUUUGCGGUUUACCAGUUACCACUAUCCAGCAAAUUCAGUGGGCCACAAAACGGCAGCAGUACAAUCAUCGCAAGACAAUCUCUUUAGGACUCAACAAGUGGCACAACCCCGUGUCGUAAUUCAGCACGCAGCAUCCCAUAGUUGCAACAGAUCAGACUCAUUGCUUGUGGCAAAUCUUGGCCCGCUUCGAAGUUACAUCAAAUCGGUUUGAGACCCGCAGUGCGAGUGGGAUAGACUGGAAGACGGAGCGCAAGGUGAUUACAUAAAAAGGCAUCUCUCGUGAGGUUUAGUUGGAACUAGCUACGAAGAAGAUCAAAACAAUUUACAACUCUGCAGCUUCAAAAGACCGACAAACUGAGAGGCAUUCUUCUAGAGUCAAGUCCCACACAGAGAUUUUUGUUUUAUACACCCAUCGAGUGUUUGUUGCUGUUGCUAUUGUUGGUGUUGUUGUUUUUUUCUGGGCUCCCUUUUUCCAAUUCGAACGAUUGCUAUUUCAUUUGUGUUUGUGAACCUAAGAUCGAAUCGAAGUUCCAAGCAAGAGAACCAUUCCUAAAGAGGAAUCUGAAAAACUGGUGACCAAGCGAAAAGGGAGGAAGCAACGAACGACCAAGGGGUAGGGCCCACGAGGCGAAAGGAAUUCGGUUGUAACGCAGCGGGAAACCUGAUUUUCGCUGGCUGCGAAGAGCGCGGUGAAAGAGUGAUACUGGCACAUACGGUCGCCACCAUCGGCACGAGAAGAGACGGUGCGGAAUUUGGGCGUUCUUAUUAAAUGAUUACUCGCUGACAAUUAAAAGCUCAACCCAAAGACGCCAUAAAUAAAAGCAUUCCCGACGGGAUUGGCAGAACCGGGGCAAACAAAAAGAAACAACCAGCAUGUCAACAACAGAUCGGUGAUGAUAGUGGAGAAAGCGUUACCCAAAAAUGCCACUGUCAUGAGUCACAGCGGCACGAUAUCAGCCAGCCAGCCGGCCCCCUCGCUUAGUGGGAGUGCUGGCGGCGGUGGUGGUGGUGGCGGUAGUGGUGGAAUCGUCAGUGGCAGCACCGGAGGCAGCAACCACUGGUCAUUGUCUACGAACUCCUCGUCCGGUGGAAGUACCGCCGGCCGGCAUAGUUGGGAUCCUGGUCGACUCGGUGUCGAACACCUGGCCGGAGCUUUGAGUCCACUGUGCAUAACCGACGCGAGCCACGAGAUCGUACGACCAAAGCCUAGGCGACCCUCCGGAACGGUGGCCAAUGGACAUGUCAGCUUGCCAUCCAACAACAGCAACUCAACCAGUUCGGGAGUAAACAGCGCCAGCACUAACCUCCAAAACGGUUCCAAUGGGUUAUCGCCAGGCAAUCACUACAUUGCCUCAUCAAACCCGGUCACUUCUGGACCGCGAAUUCAGAGUCCAGCUGUGGCUACACCAGCUCCGCGAAUCUCCAAGGAGAUCGCCGUUCGUCCGAUUAAUGGCAACCAAGACCCACGCAAUUACAAUCUUUCACCGGUUCAAAGCUUACAACAAAAUGGCGACACGACUGGCUCGAGCAAUAACAGUAACGGUAGCAACCCUAAUUUAUCCUAUAACACCUCAGCCAUGAUCCCGGAACGCGACGUGGGCCCCAACAAGUUUGCAAAUGGUAACCUUAAGCAACAACACCAAGCGCCCCUGCAUGGACCUCAACAACAUCCAAACGGACAGAUUCAGCAUGGGAACAUUCAGCAGCAAGGUCCUCAUCGAUCCGUUGCAGGGCCUACUAAACUUACCGUUCAAAGCUCACCAGUCAAAUGUCAACCGGCAAUGAUCAGUUCGGGUUUAGAUAAAGUAAACCUAAAUGGCGUUUCCAAUGGAAACAACACCAGGCGCCUCAACUCGAGCGGAUUGAGCAACAGCAACGGCAAUCUACUCAAUUCACAUGCGUCCUCCAUUGAACCAUUGAAUAGUAGCAGUAACAAUUCGAGCAAUGCCAGCAGCGUUAGCCAUUUGAAGCAACACUUUUCCCAAAAUCAUCAUGCCAUGCAAUCCUACCAUCAUCCUCAAUCGCAACAGAAUUCUCUCGGAGGUCCACCACAGAAAGGUUUGGGCAUUACCCGAACUCAUCACCAUACUGGAACUCACGACUUCCGAGGAUUGCAACGGGUUAACGAAUGUCACAGCUCGUCGGACGAGAACCGUUCCUCUGGACAUGCAUCCAUGUCUGAUACUGGACACGGAAGCAGCUCACCUGGUGGUAAUCGAAAUAACGGACCACUCGGUCCACUACCCGAGGAUCGGCUUGCUGCAGGAGUAACGAAUCGUAGUGCACGCUCGCGAGCUAGUACUAAUCACUCACGCUCCCGACACCGUGCAACACCAGCCAAGAUUCCAUGGGGAGGUGGAGGAUUGGAGGACAUCAAAUUAGCCAUUCAACAGUUGACAAUGCGUUCACAUACCAGUACAUCGACCUACAGCAGCCUCAGUGCAGGAUCGGAAAGUUCCGAACCAGAGCGUAGAUUAGGUCGCUAUAGCUCGUUAGAAACCGUAAACACUAAUGUAACCAGUGCAGAUGAAUUCGUGUGGGUCGAUUCGCACAAUCGUCUAGUAGAACUACAGCAUCCUCCAUGGAGUCAACACUGUGUUUUGCGAGUACUUCGAUCAGGUCGAUGUCGGGAGCAUUCAGAGAGGGUCUCCGUGGAGGCAGUUCCAAGGUUGGGGUAUCUGCUUCAACGGGCUUUGGUACGCGUGGCACGAGAAGUUCAACGUUUGUCAGGACCGUUGGGUCUGUGUUCUAAACAUGAGGUUUCCGGAGCGUUCAAGAUUGUCUUAUCUCCGGCUUUAGCGGACUCGUGUAUCAAGGCAUGCCUUAGAGCAGCCGCUAUGUUUGCAGUUCCAGGCGACAGUGCAUUGAAGCAGAGCAAAUCUGCUCGAGCAGGUCUGCAACUACCGGUUGGACGAUUCCAUCGUUGGAUGGCAGAUGCAAGGUUAGGAAGAUUUGUACAUGAAUAUGCCGCCGUCUACCUCUGUUCUGGGUUAGAAAAUUUGCUAGAGGAAAUCUUCCUUCAGUGUCUACCAUCGGAUCCGACUACAACGCUAACUGCAAGCGGUCUCGAACAUGCAAUAGCUGGAUCUGGUGAUCUGUGGGGACUACUACAGCCAUAUGCGCAUCUAAAUGCUGGUCGAGUAGCCUCCGGAGCACUUACGAUGCCACGUUGGGCUAGUCAAUCGUCGAUAAAUUCUAACACACAAAGUCCUACACUUGAACCUUGUCUUCUGACGACCUGCGUUGGUAGCCUAAACGAACUAAAGGACUUAGUUACCCGGGCACAGCAGCGGAGCCAACACAUUACUAUGUCACAAUCUGCUCUUCGCGUACUGUUUUACUUUAUGCGCUGCUCUCAACUGGAACACAACGACAUCGGUGUUGCAACCAAUGGCGGAGGAACCAACAUCCAAGAGUUAUGCUAUGAGAGAGCGUAUGUUGUUCUACCUCCCCUUGUGGAGUGGCUGCGUGUUUCAUCUGCUCACGCAGAGUACCGCCAUGCAUUACUAAUUGACAAAGACGAUAUCAUGCAAGCAGCUCGAUUACUGCUUCCUGGAGUUGACUGUCCACCACGGCAGAUUAUUUCAGAAGAAGAGUUACCCUCAAAAAGACUAACUUUAACAAACCAAAGUAUAACGUCGUCGAAUCACUCCGGCCAAACGCAGCCACUGCACGGGUCCCUCUCGUCAAAUUCUUCUACUUCAACAACUAGCAGUAAUAUUGAGGACUCCAGUGAAUGUGGUCGUCGUGCUACUUAUGCUCUGGCAUUCCGUUUGAUGCUAACCGGGCGUGCAGAGCUUCUAAUCCAAGCUCUUUCAUUGGUUCCACCAACGACCCGGUACGAUACGCUGAAUCAUCAAGGAGUAACUGCUCUUAUGAUUGCUUCAGUUCGCAACGACGAUGCAGCGGUCCAAACACUGUUGGAUGCUGGAGCCGAUCCAAACAUCGAAGUGCCGUCCAUCGGUUAUCCAAACUGUCCAGCUAUUCACCCGGAGACGCAACACUGGACAGCAGUAACCUUCGCGGCGUGUAAAGGAAAUUAUCAAGCUCUUCGAAUACUGCUGGAGCGGGGAGCUCAUGUAGAAGGCGGAGCACGACUAAGCGAAGACAAAUGUACACUGACUCCCCUGCAGGUUGCCGGAGGAGGUGGUGUGGUGGAAGUCGUUUCGCUACUUCUUGCACAUGGAGCACAUGCCUUUUUGUCAACACAGCUUAAGGAUUCGCUUUGUUUUUCAGGCAGUGCUCAGCGUGGUUGCUACAGUGCAAUAUCGGUGGCAGCCGCCCAUGGCCAACGAGUUUCGCUGAGAAAGUUGCUAUCGCAUCCCUUAGCCCCAGGCAGUCGGGAAGUACUUUCGCUAGAAGAGAUGCUCGCCGAAGGAGACAACACAAGCCGCACUCAACUGGAUCGUCAAACUGAAGUCCCACCAACAUUGAACAAAACGCAAAUAAAAAGUCUUCAAGAGGCCAUGUACCAUAGUGCUGAAAAUAAUCAUCUAGACAUAACCAUCGAACUGCGUGCGCUCGGAGUUCCCUGGACGCUCCACUGUUGGAUGCACGCGUUGGCAGCUGCCCAUGAACUACGACUAGAUGCAGUCAUCGAUCAGCUUCUGCAGGACUUUCUCCAGGUCUGCCCAGAUGACUACAGUCAGCAGUUUGUUACCGAAUGUCUGCCUUUGCUGUUCAACAUUUUCCGAUAUAGCAAAAAGGAAGGAACCACUUUACUAUUGGCAGAUAUCUUUAGCACGUGCUUUGGUUGGGAACCAAUUAAACAAAUCAAGGAACCGGUACUGCAACCAUCGAACGGAUCUAGAAUUGAUCCCAAGUUUGUCAAUAAUCCAGAGUUGAGUGAUGUGACGUUUAGGGUCGAAAAUCGUAUCUUCUAUGGACACAAGAUCGUUCUAGUGACCGCCUCACCUCGACUGCAGAGUAUGCUUAGUUCCAAAUUGAACGAAGGUACCGGCACGCCAACCGUACAAAUUAACGACAUUCGCUACCAUAUAUUCGAGUUGGUGAUGCAAUUCUUGUAUAGUGGAGGAUGCAACACACUGGAUGUGGCUGCUGGCGAUGUGCUUGAGUUGAUGGCUGCGGCCAGUUUCUUCCAGCUGGAGGGACUCCUCCGCUACACUGAGGCCCGCUGCGCUGAGAUGAUCGAUAUCGAUAACGUAGUAGCAAUGUACAUUCACGCAAAGGUUUACAACGCACAGAAACUGAUGGAGUACUGUCAAGGAUUUCUCCUGCAGAACAUGGUAGCGCUGUUAACCUAUGACGAUUCCGUCAAACGGUUGUUGUUUGCCAAGAAGAUACCCAAUCACGAUGUGCUGAACGGAUUACUGGCCACGUUGCAGACCCGGAUCAAAGCUCGUCGGAAUGGGGCAAGUGCAUCGGCACCAUCCGCUGUUAAUGCAUUAAGACCAGCUUCGAGCAAUAAAGCUAAAUAAUUAUGUAGUAAUUGUAUUGUUUACUGUAUUUCUUGACUUUUUGUGUAAUAUCUAAAUCGAAAUUAAUGUUAAUAUAAAUGUACAACUUUUACAGUUGAUUAGCCAUUUAGCGGUAUGUUGGACAAUAUUUAUAUAAAAAAAUCAAUAUGUACAUUUUGUUAUAAAGUGAUGCUGAUAGUAUUAAUGUUGAGGUAUACAAAAGCGAUUCACAGUUGCUGUAUCAAGACUUUUUUUAACAAUUUAUAUGCAUAUAA